AUGUACUGCCAGAAAUUAUGUGAGUGCUUUCUAUUUUAUUUUAUUUAUUUAUUUUUUGUUUUUUGGAGGGAGGGGGAGAGGGGCUCUGCGUCUGUGUUUUGUGCCGUGGCCUUUCUGUAUUUAUUUGCAAGGGCUGCUCGUGGGAGAAAUAUGAUUCCACGGGAACGACGGGUCUCAUGCCUGGGCCGGGAUAUGAGGCUUAAGUUUUGUUGGCUUCUACUGCUGAUCAUCGUUUUUUACGUUUUGACGUUUGAAUUUGUCUUGUUUUUGCCCCCAGUGGCGCCGCGGGCCCGAUUGGUGCCGUGGAGAUCUUUUGACUCAUUGGCGAUGGCACCACGAAAGAAGCGCGACACGGCGAUGUACCACCACUUUCCGGUUCCGUUGUCCUUCACCACGUCUUUGGAUUCUUCAAUAGAAACAUUGGACCGUCAAUGGUGCGCCGCCGUACGGAUGGUCUUGAGGCGCGCCAAUGCCGUUUACUGUUCCCAUGGCGCCUUCCCUCAGUGCGUCGUGGGUCGAGCCUGCAGCACACUUACGGAUAAAAAAACGGACGUGAACGCAUCGGAAGUUGCAUUGAGAAGAGAAUACGACAACGCUAAAGGAGGCGUGGCAAAUCCCUGGAUAAUCGUCAAACAUAAAGGCAUUUCUCCUAUUAAUCUGGUGCAUCAAGGAAAUGCAUUGCUUUCAGCACUUGGUCUUGCGCAUUUGGUGAUUCGCAUCGAACGUGAUAUUCAUGCGUGUCGCCUACCCUCACCAGAUGCAAUAUUGGCCGCAUGUAAAACGUCGAAUGCCACAAAUCCAAAUGAACUUGCUGAGCGGGCAGUUCUAGUGGAGUUCUCAACGGGGAAUGCCAAUCUUCUUUUUACUUUUUGCCCGCCGGAUCCCUUGCGCCGAUUGCGCUGCUAUGGUGUGGAAAAAGACCCCAUUUUAUCUUCUGAUGCAAAGUCUUAUCAAAAGCAUAUAAGUAUCGAAAAUGGUGAUGUUUCGCCGCUAAGAGAUGGAUCGGCAACCCACGUGCUGCUUAAUGGUAUCUUACAUGUUCUUCCUAUCGAGGAGUCCUGCGCGUUGAUUCGUGAGGGUUUGCGUCUUUUGAUGCCAAAAGGAAUUCUUCUAGUGGUGAUGUUGUCUGUCGGCACCUCCAGGUCACGGCCAACGGGAUAUCAUCCAUUUUUCUUUAACGAUACGGCGGUAAAGCCGAAUGCUUUAAAUACUUCUUAUGCAUCGAGCACAUUGCGGUGCUGCAGUACUAUUACGAAGGAUGACUACAAUCAGCUUGUAGAAAAGGUUGAGUUCCUGUGGCAUGCGCCCGAGUUUAUUUUUUACACACCGGACUUUAAGCGGACUGGUGUGUACGCUGUGCGUCUAACACGAUCUAAAAAGAUGAUGCCACCUCUGCCAGGUAAGGAACGACGGACCGCAACACCGGAAGAAGAGGAACCUGCAUUAUACAAGGAUAUCUGCACGAAUCCACGGGAGUUAAGCCGCGUUAAGGACGCACAGGCACUCUGGAGAGAACGUUUAAUUGAGAUGCAGAGUGCCGGUUUUGGCAAGAAGCUUAGGAGAGGGUAUGACGUAUGGGUGAGGAAACGAGUUUAG